AAGACAAGCUGCACUUUGAGCAGAAUAGUUAAUUCAAUUUCUGUUCUUUCAAAGUGAUUCUCUGUGAAAUUUCAGUAGAACAAUUAAAUGGCUCAUUUCAAAUUUGGAAUUUAUUUGAUUUUAGCGUUUGCAUUCAAUUGGGUGAAGUGUUUUGAUGAAGCAGCAGAUUUGAAUGUUAAAGUGACUAUACAAAAUUUGACAACAUUUCUAAAUGAAAACUCAGAAAUUAAAGAAUUAUUCCCAUUAGUAAAAGAACAAGUUAGUCAUGAUCCAACAUCUUUGUCCAAAUUAACCUACUCCGCUGGCGAAAGAGUUGACGGUGAUCAACUGGUCGCAACGGUAUCAGAAAGCUAUUCAUGGAAUACGUCAGGCGAUCGAAGACUCGUCAUAACUUAUCCGAGAGCAGGAGCGGGUGCUCUUAUUACCUACAUUCAAAUUGUCGUUGAACAGAGUACACCGCACGGCAAAGCUGCAAUAACAAAAGGUGGACUUGGAUUAAGAUACAUUGAAUUCUAUAUUGAUGCCUACCAGACUAAUUACAUGAACUACACUGUGGAAAUUUAUGGCUUCUAUUAAAACCAAUUUGUAGACGUUGAUAGAAAAAGUGAAAAGUACUUAUCAUUAUCAUUUUAUGGAACUCUUCCCCUAUGUUUAAAUCUCCACCAAAAAAUUUCUAGCGUAAGCGGUAUGUGGAGUAGAUAAUUGAAAAAAAUAAAUAAAUUUAUUUUGAUCGAAAAAAAAGAACAAAAAAAUCCCCAUAAUAUUUUUGGGCAUUUAAAGUAACAUGUUUAUUUCGUUAUCGAUCUUGCUACGUACUUUAGUUCAAAUGCAGCGAUAAACGACAUUAUACUUACUAUGAUUUACUCAAAUUCUCAACGAGAUAGCUACUUAUUGACUCCACAAGUUUAGAAUCGACAGCGAUUCCAAUGCUUUAUUUGCUUAAUUCGGUCAUCCGAAUACUACGAGCAAAUACUCCAAUGAAAAAUCCAAAACGCAUCGCUUAGAGUAAAUGUCAAUUUUUUCUUUCCUUCCAAACUAAUUUGAAAUGAAAUGAAUUGGAAUCGUUGUCGAUUCUAAAAUUGUAGAGUCAAUAAGUAGCUCUCUCGUUGAGAAUUUGAGUAAAUUAUAAUAAUGUC